AUGUGGAGACGAACGUACCUGCUCCUCCUCGUGGUUCGCGUCUACUUUGCCCUAUCGCCCAGCUAUCUACACCCAGACGAGAACUUCCAGGGCCCCGAGAUUUUCGCCGGCCAAAUCUUCAACUAUCCGUCCAAACAAACCUGGGAAUUCACCUCCGACCAUCCUAUCCGAAGCGUCUUCCCACUAUGGCUUCUCUAUGGCGUACCCAUGACGCUCCUGAAGUGGCUAUGGACGGAGGAUGGGACCGGGAGUGCUCCGCCAGUGCUGGUAUACUACGUGCUUCGUGGGAGCAUGUUUGUUCUGAGCUUUGUCAUGGAGGACUGGGCAAUCCAUGAACUGGUGUCGUCGUCUCCACGCCUCCGCCGCCAGACAGUCGUCCUGGUGGCAUCCUCCUAUGUUACCUGGACGUUCCAGACACAUACCUUCUCGAACUCGUUGGAGACUUUGCUCGUCGCGUGGACCUUGGUUCUGAUGCAACGCAUUCUCGAAAACAAGCAAGAUUCCUCUAUUUUCGCAUCCGUUGUCUUAUCCUUCCUGCUCGUCGCAGGAGUUUUUAAUAGAAUCACUUUUCCAGCAUUUAUCUUGAUACCCGGCCUCCGAUUGGUCCCUCAUUUCCUUCAUAAACCUCUCUCUCUUCUAACAAUAAUUAUUUUCGGCAUCAUAUCCUGUUUUAUUGCCAUCUUCGCGGACACAGACUUCUACCGUGCCUCCCCAACAUCCCUCUCCGACGUCUUCCGCAAUCCGAUAAUUACCCCCCUCAAUAACCUGUUCUACAACUCCGACACCUCAAACCUCGCCAAUCAUGGCCUCCAUCCGCGUUACAAUCACUUCCUCGUCAACCUACCCCAACUCCUUGGCCCCAUCUACGUCCUCUUGCUAUACUCCUUCACAUUCCCAAAUGCCCGCUCUUACUUCUCCUUCCGCAACCUCCGCGCCAUCUCAGCCCUUUCCGCAACAGCCCUCCUCUCAAUUUUCCCCCACCAAGAACCCCGCUUCCUAAUCCCCUGCGUACCCCUCCUCCUAACAUGUUUCCGCCCCCCACGCUCCCGUUUCUUCCUAGCAGCUUGGAUCCUCUUCAACGCCGCGCUAGGCAUUCUCAUGGGUGUCUAUCACCAGGGAGGUGUGAUACCAACACAACUCCACCUCCCCGCCCUCCUCGCCAACUCAACCGCUCCUAUCUCUUCCUCCCCCGGGUCAAGGGCGAUGUGGUCAAAAACAGAUGACGAGCCAAUGUCAAUGCCCAGCGGCACCGUAACCGUUUUCUGGUGGAAAACCUAUUCCCCACCAACGUGGAUGCUAGGCGACCUGAGCACCACCAGUGUUCAGAAUUUUACUUUCUCGAGCAUCUCCACGGUGGACCUGAUUGGUAUUCCAGGUCCGGAGAUGAUGGAGAGACUCGAAGAAUCGGUCCCGAAAUGCGAACACAAGAGUGGAACGCCUGCUGCCAAGCAUAGACGCCAACAACUAGAUACCAAUAAUAAUAAAAAUAAGACGAUGAACAAUGAAGUCACAAUCCAACACGACAACCCAACUCUCCUCGUCGCGCCGAACUCGAAUACGUUUCUGGACAAUUAUGUCGUCGUGAACAGCGAUUCUCCAUCCGCGGCAGGUGCAGGUGCACAUGCAGACAAGUCAGAUGAGGAUGAGGCAAAGGACGGGGAAAUAGGGCACCCUUCCCUGCAACUGCACCUACUCUGGUCAUACGCGCGCCAUUUGAAUCUGGAUGAUAUGGACUUUGGCGACGAUGGAGUGUGGCCGACGCUGAAGCGGGUGGUGGGGAGGAGAGGAUUGAAUGUUUGGCUGGUGCGGAGGGAGGGGUGUUUGGAGGAGGGAAACUAA